GCCACCGCUUGCUACGUUGGUUGGUGUUUUUUUUUUAAUUUUAAACUCUUGUUAUUGUGGUAGGUUGUUUUCAAAGACAAAUCUUAAUUUAAUUCUGAAUGAUGUGGUCGUCAAUCCCUGAUCAGUAUCCAUUAGAGGAGGAGUAUAAGAAGUCGACUGGAGUGACUCCGGCGGAUAUCAGUAGUCUACGACAGUGGCUUUUAACACAGCCUCACUUGCCUGCGGAGCAUAUUACUGAUUUGGAUUUAAUUUUGGCGUACCACUGCUGUGAACGCAGUUCAGAGGUGGCCAAGCAAGUGCUCGACCUGAAUCUCACGCUAAGGACACUGUUCGUGAAUUUCUACAAAGACCGGUUGAUGAAUGACAAGAUAGAGGCUAUACAUCAUACUGCAUUGCUGCUACCUUUGGAAAUUAAGACUCGGGAGAAUUACUCCGUAAUCUAUUCAAGAUUGUUGGACUACGAUCCGAAACAUUUCGUCUUUGCUGAUUGCGUAAGGACAAUUUUGAUGGUGGUCGACCUGUGGCAGUACAAGACGGGCACGUGGCCUGGGUUCGUGAUUCUGAUUGACCUCGACAGGAUAACGCUGGGCCACCUAGCCAGAUUGGACCUGCAGACUAUACAACAAUUUCUGUAUUUUUUACAGGAAGCAAUGCUUAUGAAGGUCAAAGGUCUACAUUUUCUGAACGCGCCCUCCUUCAUGGAUAAACUGAUGAUGAUGAUCAAGCCUUUCAUGAAGAAGGAUUUGCUCGAUGUUCUUCAUAUUCACCAGAUCGGAUCUAAGAGUUUGGAACAGUUCGUGUCGACUGCAGGCCUUCCGAAAGAAGCUGGUGGGAAAUAUAAGACUUUCAAUGAAUGUAGAGAUGACGUGAUUGCAGCUUUGAAAGCGAACGUUGACUACUUCGUGGCAGAGAAUAAGAAACGUGUGGUAGAAGCUCGGAGACCAGGAAAGCCGAAGACCAUAUCAGAUAUAUUCGGAGGAGUCGAAGGCUCUUUUAAGAAGUUAGAAAUAGACUGAUUUAGACUAAUCUGACUUUGUGUAAAUAAUUAAGAUAUUGUUAUUUGUUGUUUUAAUGUAUUAUUUUAAUUUAUACCAGCUGUUGCC